AUGGACCUUGACUCCCAUCCCGACGAUCGCGCUCGUCGAGCUGCCAGUGUGCUCUCUAUGGAUGAUCUCGAAGCCGCGCAAGCACUUGAGGGUCUUCGCUCCGAUUUCGGACAGUCACCUCAAGCGUCGCGACAACCCAUCCAAAAUACAAAUACAUCCCCAGGCUCUCCGCAGUCUGAACCGCUACUAUCCCUCCUCACCUCAUCGCAUCCUCUCAUCUCCUCCGCUAUCAACGGUUCCGUCUCAGCCUACACAACGUCAAAGUCGUACUCGGCGCGUUUCAAGUCCGGCGCAGAAUUUAUCGAGCGCAAUAUUGGAUCACCAGUCGCGAAUACGGUUGGAUCUGUUGGGCGCAAAACUGGCGUCGAAAGUGGUCUGCGCUGGGCGCUGCAACGACGAGAAUCUUCGCGGGAAUCGAAGCAUAGUAGUAAGCGUCGGAAGGUGAACGCGGAGACAUCCCAGGAUAUGGAUGUUGAGAGGGGACCAGAAGAAACUGUCGACCAGGACCAGGGACCGAAUCACAAUCACAGCCGAAGCCAAAGUCAAUCUCAGCCACGGACACGAAGCUCCUCUGACCUUUCGAUGGCCGAUACACUUCCACCAUAUGACGAUAUGCGGUCUCCACGGUACGAGGAGAAGCCUGGACGUCAGGCACCGCCGACAUGGCAGAGUCGACUUGUUAUCUCUACAUCGGGAUUAGGUGUGGCUAUGAGUGAAGAGUCACUCCGCAGUUUGACGUACUGUUUGACCUGGCUGCGCUGGGCAAAUGGCCGACUUGGCAAGUCCAUAGUUGCGCUUCAGAAUGCCAUGACAGAAUGGGAGAAUCAAAAGAAGAGCCAGUCGCAGCAAAGUGAUGCCGAGGGCGGAGAAAGCGCAUCACUAUUGACGCAGCGUAUUGCGGCAGUCAAGGCGGAUGUCCUUUCAACCCUGAAGCAGGUUGUUGAUGUUGUCUCAAAGUACGCUGGAGGUGCAUUGCCCGAAAACGCACGUCACCUGGUCCGACGACACUUGACAUCUCUUCCACAUCGUUUCCAGAUGGCGAGUACAUCACAGCCACCACCUGGUUCCGUUGAGGCUUCUACAGACGCCACAGUUGGCGCUCACCGUAUCCUUGUUCUAGCCAAUGAAGGUCUGGAUAUCCUUGGCCAGGUCAGCGGUGUAGUGAACGAUACUCUUGUCAGUGCUGAGCACUGGUGCGAGCGACUUGGGCGCAAGCGCCCUGACAACAAAUCUGCACAGGAUCUGGAGAAACAGAACCCAUCUGCCACCCCGGAUGCUCAACCGUACGAUAUGGACAUCAAGCAACCCAUAAUGACUGAGUCUGCUGAUGCUGCCCAACACGAUGUUCAGAUGGCUGGAACCGAAAAGGUUUAA